AGGUGCGGGACGGGAGUGGGCGGCCUCGGGGGCACCGCGGCGGGAUCGGCCCCGGGUGGGCGCUGCGCGGCGCCUCGGGCGGCCCUCACUCGGCCCUCCUCGAGCCGGUUGCCCCGCGGGGCGAGGGCGUGGGGGCCGCGGGGCCGGGUUGGUGCCAGGCCGACUGCCGAGCUCUGUGCUGCCGCGUUCCUGUCCUUAACGCUUAAGGCGGCUUGUCUCAAACGCUAGGUUUAAAAAAGAACACUGUUAAACUGUCUAAGCAACCAUGUUGGCUGCAAGGCUAGUGUGCCUGAGGACGUUACCAUGCCAGGCGUUCCGCCCCACCAUUACUCAAGCUUCCCCAGCAUUGAGGAAUUCCGGUAUAAAAGCAUACAAGCUGUGGCAGCCUAACCAGUGUUAUGCUACUAGAGUAAGAACCGGCGUAAGGCGUGGGAAAAUUGGCCAGGAAAUUAAAGAAGCAGCAUUUGAGCCAUCUGUAGAAACUGCGCUUAAAGUUGAUCGUCUGGGAAAAUUCGUUGUUGCUGGAGGGGCUGCUGUUGGCCUGGGGGCCCUCUGUUACUAUGGAAUGGGCAUGUCCAGUGAGAUUGGAGCUAUUGAAAAAGCCGUUAUUUGGCCACAGUAUGUGAAAGACAGAAUUCACUCUACUUACAUGUACUUUGCGGGAAGUAUUGGCUUGACAGCACUGUCAGCUGUUGCAGUAAGCAGAUCUCCGGCACUCAUGAGCCUUAUGACAAAAGGCUCCUGGCUGGCAAUAGGUGCAACUUUCGCUGCUAUGAUUGGUGCUGGAAUGUUGGUCAGGUCCAUAUCCUAUGAAAAUAGUCCAGCAGCUAAACAUCUUGCUUGGAUGAUGCAUUCAGGUGUCAUGGGUGCGGUGGUGGCUCCACUAGCCUUCUUGGGUGGUCCUCUGCUGAUCAGAGCUGCCUGGUACACGGCUGGAAUCGUCGGAGGGCUCUCAACUGUGGCCAUGUGUGCUCCAAGUGAAAAAUUUCUGAACAUGGGAGGACCACUUGGAAUAGGCUUAGGCUUUGUUCUGGCCUCUUCAAUUGGGUCCAUGUUCUUGCCUCCUACUUCUGCUUUUGGGGCUGGCUUGUAUUCAGUAGCUGUUUAUGGUGGAUUGGUACUCUUUGGCAUGUUUCUGCUGUACGAUACACAGCAUGUCAUCAAGCGUGCAGAGACUCUUCCGUAUUAUGGAGUUACAAAGUAUGACCCAAUCAAUGCGUGCAUGGGUAUCUACACAGAUACACUGAACAUCUUCAUUCGGGUGGCUACCAUGCUCGCUGGUGGUGGAGGUGGCCGUAGGAAGUAAAGCAAGACUCUUUGCAGCUGACAGCCCAGAGUUCUAGGUUGUCUACCUAGUGCAUAUACUAAAUAAAAACUUAUGGUUACAAGCACUUUUGCUGCAGGUCAGAAGUUUAAAGCAUUUCAGCAUAUUGUUUAAGUGCAAUGUGAUUUAAACUUAAUAGUGUUUCAUCAAACACCUUCCAAGAAUGUGGACUGCUUGAAAUUGUACAUUAUUUUGGGAGAGUAAAUUAUUUUAAAUAUAUACGAGUAAAAUAGUUGAUCUUCUUUUUAAUGGGUUUGACAGCAGCUCAACUCUUGCUUUCUUUUUCUACGGUAACUGCAUAGUAAAGUAAGUAAUUUCUGUAAACAGGUGUCCUAUGUGCAGAUAAGGACGCAAGCUACUUCAAGAAAUGCUGUUCAGAUGCAACAUUUUUCAGUUAAGUUGUAGAAAUAUUUUUUUCUACUUAGGCAGAAAUUUCAGAAAGGUUUAAGCAGUUUUCAGAAAGACAUUGGUCACCUCACCCACGCAAUCCAACAACAUGCAGAAGACAAUAUGAGGAACCUAUGUGACACCCGUCCCACAUGAAAACUGUAGUCUCCUUCUGGGGCACAUGAAAACUCCAUGUCUGCUUUCCAGUGUUUUAAUGUUAAAUGGAUAUAAUAGCAGCUAGGUGCUUUUGAUACUAGACUUAUCAAAUUGUUGAAUAAUAAUAGAGGUGUGUCUUUCUUCCAGUGACUAAAUUUCAGUAUUGCAGAUGAAGCACCAUUCUUCAGAACAACUUCCACUGUUGAUCUCUUCUUACAAGCUUGUACAGUUGACACUGAAAGAAAAGGAAUUGAGGACUGCCUGCUGUAAAGCCACGUAUCACUAAUUUACCAUUCUGAUAUAUGCUGUAGUCUCUCUCUAACUUUUCCAAAUUGGUGUGUUUAGUACAGUUGAAAAGAAGUGUUCCAAUAGGUGGAAUUGCUUUAACGUUAAGAAAUGUAUACUUGCUAAAGGACAUCACAUUAUGUUGGAAUACGGGGCAAGUUCUUGGGCACAAGAAAGUUUGAGCUCAUACCAAUAACUCGGACUUCCAUUUUUCUGAUGAAUAUGCUAUGUUUAUGUACUAUGGGAAAAAUAAAAUUCUAGCCUCACAA